AUUUUUUCUAUAUUGACUUUUUCUUAAAAUUACGAAUUAAUAAUAUUGUAUAAUUAAAUAAUAAUAUGUGAAAUAUUUAUAUUUUAUAUGACCAAAGUCUAGAAUAACAUGUUAAUGUGGCACUUACUUUUUUACCCUAUUUAGAAGCAAUACACACCGGUGAUAUAACACUGUGAUAACACUGCUGCUGCUGAAUACCGAUUAAAACAAAUAUGAAUGAAAAAACAUGGACCGUGGUCCAUUUUAUAAAGGACGAUUCAGUGGAAGCAGUGCCAUCGGCAUGGCUGAUCAACGACGAAAAGUGCCUUUGGCCACCUGCAACAUGGACCACAGAAAAAAUUAUAAAUGCAAUAAAAAACUGCAUCAUUGACACACAUUGGCAAGACUACGACAUCAAAACCUUUUUGAAUGCGACCUAUAGAAGCUAUGAAACAGCAAGGAAUAAAGCGAAAAAGGCAGAGUCAGACAGUGACCUGAGCACCACCGAUAUGGAAAAUAGAAAAAGAAAGAGGAAAAAAGUUAUUUAUUCAUCUGAUGAUGAUGAUGAUCAAGAGAAUAAUAAUUCACUGUCAUAUAUCCGCAAAGAACCACCACAAUACAAGCAUCCAAAAGGCAAAUCUGAGAAAAAACCCAGCAAAUUAUUUCCUAAAGAUUCCUAUAAAACACCAAGAAAAACUACAAAACAAAAACAUAUUUUCACUUCGCAGAGAAGUGAAACCCGAGGUGAAACUCAACAUGAAGAACACAGUGUAAAUAAAGGUAUAGAUGUAUCAGAGCAAGAUGCUUAUAAUGGCAGAGGUGUUCUAAAAGGUUUGUACAACUAUACCUUGAAAUUAUUUACAUAUUUUUCUUAA